GAGAGAGAGAGAGAGUCAGAACGAGGUGCUGGAUCAUGGAAUUGGUUGAGGACAUAGUGAUCGUUGGAGCUGGCAUAGCAGGACUUACCACUGCUUUAGGACUUCAUAGGCUAGGCAUUAGAAGCUUGGUCUUGGAAUCCCAUGAUUCUUUGAGGAUUACGGGUUUUGCGUUAGCAAUAUGGACAAAUGCCUGGAAGGCCCUCGAUGCAGUCGGGAUCUCAGAAUCGCUUCGUCGGCGGCACACCCGGCUACUUGGGGUGAUGACCACUUCCACAGUUUCGGGACUUCCUACUGCAGAGACACAAUUCAGUGCCGCGGGGACACAGAGAGACCAUCAUGAAGUUCGUUGUGUGCAGAGGAAGAUCUUGAUGGAAACUUUAGUGAAUGAACUUCCGAGCGGCACCAUAAAGUUUUCUUCCAAGGUCGUUUCGAUUGAGCAAUCGGGCAAUCUUAAACUUAUCCAUCUGUCUGAUGGUUCGAUUCUCAAAGCAAAGGUGUUGCUCGGUUGUGAUGGAGUGAACUCGGCAGUGGCAAAAUGGCUCGGCUUCAAGGCGCCUGCUUUCGUUGGCCGAUUUGCGGUCAGGGGCUCUGUGUAUAACGAGAAUGGUCAUGGUUUUGAGCCCACACUUUUCGAGUUCAUUGGUGAAGGAUUUAGAUCUGGCUUUGUCGCCUGCGACGAUAAGACUAUGUAUUGGUUCGCCACUUUUUCUACUUCCAUGUCCAACCAGGAGAUGGAAGAGAGUCCGGCUAAGGUGAAGCAAUUCGUGCUGAGCAAGCUUGGAAAAGUUGCUGACGACUUUAAAGCUGUCGUACGUGACACGGAACUGGAAAACUUGUCAUUAGCUCCACUCAGAUUCAGACACCCAUGGGACAUUUUAUGGGGACGCACAAGCAAAAGCAAUGUCUGUGUAGCUGGGGAUGCAUUCCACCCCAUGACACCAGAUAUUGGCCAAGGAGGCUGUGCGGCUCUCGAAGAUGGAGUCAUCUUAGCAAGAUGCCUCGGUGAAGCCUUGAGGGACAAGCAAGGCAUCAGAAGUGAAGAGUACAGGAGGAUUGAGAUGGGCCUGAAGAAUUAUGCCAAAGAGAGAAGAUGGAGAGCAUUUGAGCUCAUAAGUACAGCCUAUAUGGUGGGAUACAUCCAAACAAGCAAUGGCAAGAUAUUGAGCUUCUUAAGGAAUAAAGUGCUGGGCGGGUUCUUCGCCAGGCAGCAGCUGAAACUAGCGAGUUUCGAUUGCGGGAGACUGACAACUUCCUGAAUUCAGACCCUACUCCAAUAUGUUGUUGUUUCCUUUUCAUGGUACACACUGUUGUCUCCACUUUCCUCUUGUUUUUUCUCCUCUUUUUCGUUCUAUUCAUUUGAAGAAAGCGUCGGUUCAUGGAAGUUAUGUGUUUAUGCUGUACUCUCCCGAAGUCUGAACGUGAGAAUGUGAUUUUAAAUGUAUAAUUAGGGGAAGCAUAUCCAUGAAUGUUCCCCUGGAAGAAAAAUGACAAAAAAAAAAAAAAA